CCAAAACAAAAUGAAUGGACCAGUUGAUUAUAUACAGGAACAUGCAGUGGAAGACGUAGGAGCAUUUAUGUUUACAUCAGAGUCUGUUGGAGAAGGUCAUCCUGAUAAGAUCUGUGACCAGAUCAGUGAUGCUGUUCUUGAUGCCCAUUUGAGUCAGGAUCCAGAUGCCAAAGUGGCUUGUGAGACAGUUUGUAAAACUGGGAUGGUUUUGCUUUGUGGAGAAAUAACAUCCAGAGCUGUUGUGGAUUAUCAAAAAAUAGUUCGAGACACAAUAAAGUACAUUGGAUACGAUGACUCUGAAAAAGGCUUUGACUAUAAGACUUGCAAUGUACUGGUAGCUCUUGAACAACAGUCUCCUGAUAUUGCACAAGGAGUUCAUUUGGAUCGUACAGAAGAGGAUAUUGGAGCAGGGGAUCAGGGAUUAAUGUUUGGUUAUGCAACAGAUGAGACAGAGGAGUGCAUGCCCUUAACUAUAGUUCUUGCUCACAAACUGAAUUCCAAGUUGGCUGAGUUGAGACGCAAUGGGGUUCUGCCAUGGCUCCGACCAGAUUCCAAAACACAGGUGACAGUGAAAUACAUUCAGAAGAAUGGAGCAGUCAUUCCUGUACGUGUUCACACUAUUGUGAUUUCAGUGCAGCAUGAUGAAACCAUCUCUUUGUCUGACAUGCAAGAGGCCCUAAAGGAACAUGUCAUUAAGGCUGUUGUCCCUGCAAAAUACCUGGAUGAGAAAACUGUUUACCACCUUCAACCAAGUGGGCGUUUUGUCAUUGGUGGACCACAGGGGGAUGCAGGUGUCACAGGCCGUAAGAUUAUUGUGGACACCUAUGGUGGAUGGGGUGCUCAUGGAGGUGGUGCAUUUUCAGGGAAAGACUACACUAAAGUUGACCGUUCAGCCGCCUAUGCUGCCCGUUGGGUAGCAAAAUCACUGGUGCAUGCAAAGCUCUGCCAUCGUGUUCUGGUUCAGGUAUCUUAUGCUAUUGGUGUGGCCUAUCCACUGUCAGUUUCUCUAUUCACCUAUGGUACCUCAGAGAAGACUGAAAAGGAAUUACUGGAUAUUGUAAACGCAAACUUUGAUCUGCGACCUGGAGUAAUUGUCAGGGACCUUGACUUGAAGAAGCCGUUAUACCAGAAAACUGCAUGUUAUGGUCAUUUUGGCAGAGAGGACUUCCCGUGGGAGGUUCCAAAGGAGCUUUUUUUCUAAUGGUGAAAAAUGUUUUUGUACCAUAUUACACACAAAUGCAACUGAAGCAAUCCUGAUUUAUAAAUUCCACAUGACUGUCUGUGGCAGAGUGCUUGCAGCUGUGACUCUCGAGUCAAAAUGGAAUGCAAAUACAGCUAUCAAACAGAAUCAGAGUGGAUACAAACAAAUGAUCUUAAGACCCAAACUAAUUCCUUCAAAUAAAAACUAUAUGCCCUCUACCUCCUUUUUUCAAAAUCUGAA